AUGCUGGACCUCAACUCUUCAGAUGACAGCAGCAAGAGGAAUUCUCUUAAGGACCCCAUUUCAUUGAACGUUGGUGGAGAAAUCUAUACAACAACAUUAGAUACUUUAACUCGCUGCCGUGACUCAAUGCUAGGUGCAAUGUUCACCGGACAAAUUCCCACACUCAGGGACAACUGCGGCAACAUUUUCAUAGACCGCGAUGGUAAAGUGUUUCGGUACAUUCUGAAUUACCUCCGUUCCGGCUUCUUGGAUCUGCCAGAUUGCUUUUCUGAACUUACACUGCUCAGGAGAGAGGCAGAUUUCUUCCAGAUACGUCCUCUGCUGGAGGAGAUUCGUCGCUAUGAGACAUCAGUGCCCCUUGGCCUCAGAGGUGGGCCGUUAGGAGCCAUUUUGAUAGUUAAAGUUGACUCCAAGGUCCGUGUUCUCCAUUUUAACUUGCGCCAUGGGCCUGAAAACUAUGAACUCCGCACAUGCUCUGUACGAGCUUUCACAGUCGACCUCUUUUGUACCUGGAGGGCAUUCCUAGCGUUGCUCUGUGAGCGUUUCUCCUACAAGACAACCCAGGGUCUCACCAGCCCAAAUCCAUGUCACCCAAGACAGAACAGGCUGAAACUGGAAUGGGUACCGAGGCCCGAUGAACUCCCGCAGGAACAGUAUGAUAAGCAGAACUAUAGGGGACUAACUGUAUCUAGCCCUGAGGCCACAUGGUCAGAUGACAUCGUGAACAUGCAGUGUAGUCCCUGUGAAAUCACAGACAUGCAGGGCUUUGUCGAGGAACUGUUGAAGAUAUCGCUUGCUGAGGGGUUCAAGGUUGAUCUGGUCACUCCUGAUCCCACGGAAAUUCUUACCUGCACUUCACUUCGUCUUGUCAAGUCCUGAGCACUGGGUGAAAGUGACUAGGAACACCGGAACAUAUCAAAAUAAUGAGCUACAGAUGAUUCUCUACAGUUACAACUGAAACAAUUGAAUUCUCCAUGAGCUGGAAUUCGAGUUAUAGACACAUUAUGACUAGGAGAUCAUUAUCUGGGGCCUUUCUGUUUCACUGUCAUAGUUUACAAGCCAAACACGCACAUCCAGCAGUUGUGCAGGGGUGCAGGAACAAGGACGGUAGCAGGAGAAAAAGACAGUCCGCACACCGGAACACUCCUGGGAAAUAAUAUAUUGCGAUAGUACCUUCAAACCAUAGUAACAUUUUGGGCAUCCAUGCCCUUCUUCAGACUUAAUGACAAAAUGCAGAACACAUGUAUAUAUAUACCCUGCCUACCAUUCAAAAUUGUCACAUGAUCAUGUUCGAAGUCCAAAUAA